AUGGGAUUUCUGGACUAUGUUUCGGACUUCUGUGGCUGGUGUCGUAGUUACGGUGACAGUAAAAAGCUCAGUAAACGCAAAGAACUACAGAAUGUGGAGAUAAAAGUGAAAAUGGACUGCGAAGGGUGCGAGAGAAUGGUGAAGAGAUCGGUGGAAGGCAUGAAAGGAGUGACUCAAGUCGAGGUGGAUCCGAAACAGAGCAAGCUGACGGUGAUUGGUUACGUGGACCCUGAUAAAGUCUUGACACGUGUCAGACAUCGGACGGGUAAGAAGGCUGAGUUCUGGCCCUACGUUCCAUACGACGUCGUUCCGCACCCGUACGCACCGGGUGCUUACGAUAAGAAGGCUCCGCCUGGGUAUGUCCGGAACGUGCUGGUGGAACCGGAGGAGGCUCCUCUCGCACGUGCCAGCUCCACUGAGGUUAAAUAUACCACUGUCUUUAGCGACGACAACCCUAAUGCUUGUGUUAUAAUGUGAAAAAUUAGUUUAUUUAUGUUAUAGUGUGAAAAAUUAGUUUAUAAAUAAGG